AUGGAGGGAAGAUCAAGCGGGGUAAGAGCAAGGAGUUCGAAGACAGAUGAAUCAGCGAGUGAUUCCGGCGGUGGAGCAGUUCCUUCCCCCAGCGACGGCAUCUCUCCGGGGAAGUACUUUCAUCAUCGCGAAAGGAGAAUCACUGGAAUGAAGAAAAAUGUCCAUUCCAGCCUUUGGAGAGGCAUUCUCAAAGCCUACCCACUGAUGCAAAAAGCUACUGUCUGGAGUAUCAGGGAUGGGCAAACAACUGAGUUUUGGAACCACCCCUGGAUUGAUCAAGACACAAUACUGGAGAAACACUGCCUCAGAACCCUGACUGAUGAUGAGAAACUUACCUCAGUUGCUGAUAUGGUGAAUGAACAAGGUGAGUGGGAUUGGACAAAGCUUAACUCUCUUCUCCCUAAUGUUUGGCUGUCUCGCAUUGCAGGGAUGGAAACUCCAAAACAUGGAUUGGGGGAGGACACCACUAUCUGGGGACUUGAACAUGACGGACGAUUCAGGCUCAAGUCGGCCUACUUGCCUGCUGCGAAUGAGAUUGACAUGACGGAUGAUCAGGGCUGGAAGGAGCUGUGGAAGUGGAGUGGACCAAGCAUAGUGAAGCACUUCCUCUGGCUGGUCAUGCACAACAGGCUGCUCACCAACCAGGAAAGAACAAUUAGAAAGCUGACAAAUGAUGGCAGCUGCAAGGCUUGCAACGAUGGUUUGGAAACAAUUGAGCACAUCCCGAGGAAGUGCAAAAAAAACAGAGGGAGUCAGACAUUUCUUCAGAAUCGGACAAUAUGUCCAUGA